CUAUUUUUUGAUUAGUUCUUGAUUUUAAUUCUAGGUUCCAGCGUUGGAUUGCACCAUUGAUAUUGAUAAAAUACCUGGAAUGAAGUUAACCCUGAAAUCUUCUUUGGGGAGUUCCAGAAUCUGAUGGGCGGAGGACUUGGAGAUCAUCUAGAAGUCCUUGAUUUGUUUAGGGAGAACACCCCUUUUUCUCAUUUUUUGGAUGUUGAGUGUAUUCCUCCUCCUCUCUUCCUAUGGCAACUCAUUGCGAGGGAAGCCAAAAUAAAGAGGAAAUGAGAGAUGUGGUUCGUUGUCAAAGGAGUUCCUGUCAGGUACUCCUUAAGGGAGUUUUCACUCAUUAGCAGCCUCAACUGCUCUCACCUUAACGCCGGCUUUGAAAAUUCUAAGGAAUUAACCUAUGCAAAGAAUGAUUUCAUUCGAGCUCACUUUCCUUCUCCAAAGAAGGGAAAGAAAUCUGUUGCAGUCACAUACAAGAUGGUGGUGCAGCGUUUCCUGGACAUUUGUAAAGGAUUGGACAUGGAAAAGAAGAAAGAAGGCCAGGAGAUGGAUGCUGUGAAAAUGGAAACACUAUUGUUUGUUGUUGUUGUUCUCUUGGGUCCUGCUGAUCAAGACAAGUCUGCAAUUCCAGAUUGGAUUCUGGGCAUGAUUGCACAGUGGACAGCAGUUCUAGGUUUCCCAUGGGGAACCUGGGCAUUUAUGGAGUCCUUGGGGUCACUGAGGAAAGACCUAGCUGCUAAGGACAAAUCAAUUGGAAGAGGGGCCUCAUCAACCAUGUACUAUGCUGGUUUCUUGCUUCCCAUUGGGGUGCCAGAGACGACAAUCAUGGAUGAUUGUGAAGAGACUGAGGCACGCAAUCCUUCCCCUGAUCAUAAGGUUUCUCCAAGACUUGGUAUUCUCCAAAUUGUUGGGGAAAUAAAUCAAGAGCAUGAGAAUCAACCUUCAACUCUUUCUGAUUCUGUUCUUAGUUUGGAGAACAGAAUGGCUGAGUCUACCCACGAGACAAUGGGAACAGAAGAUGCUGCCUCAAUGAAGCCUCUGCAGGAAAUGGUUGAGUCUAGCUAUGAGGUAAUGGAAUCAGACGCUGUUGCUUCUAUGAAACCUCUGCAGGAAGAGGUCGUUCAAGAGGAAUUGGGAGAGGUGGCUAAUAUUAAUGAUGCCCAUGUGCAUGGAAAGGUUGAGCCUAGCAAUGAGGUCAUGGAAACAGACGCUGCUGCUUCUAUGAAAACUCUGCAGGACAAGGUUGUUUCUCCCCAGAAGGAAUUGGGAGAUGAGGCUGAAAUUACUGAUUCCAUUGUGUAUGGAAAGAGAUUGAAAAGGAAGUCAGCCAGUUUGAAGUCUCCAUAUACAGCGGACGGGAGGAAGAAAAAGAAAGCUGAUGAGCUCUUAUCUAAGCCGCCAACUAAAGGAGAUCUUUUGGAAUUUAAGAGCUUCAUCGUACAAGCAAUUAAAGAAGACCGCCCUGUACAAUGCUACCUUGAGCAGUACAAGGAGAUUCAGGAAUUUGUGAAAACCUGGUGGACUGACCUUAUCACUCCAGGUCUUUGGCAUCUGAGUGAGUACCUCUACGUCUUGAGAAGACGUUUAUGCAAUGACGAUGGAGACUCUGUCAUUGUGCCUUUUGAAUUCACAACGUACGUGAACUCUUAUGUGCAUGACCCACAAUGGCCUGUUUUGUCUGGACCCAUUGAAAAGAUUGUGGAUGGUACAUACAACAAGGGGCAGGAAGCAUUUAAAACCAAAGCCUGGAAAAAGAACACUAAGUACGUAUAUUAUUUGAAAGCCACGGCUUCACAUUGGUUCUAUGUCAAGGCUGACUUUGAGAGGUGUUGCCUCGUCGUGCUUGACUCCCUUUCAAAGAUAACUUCGAAUGAGGACAUGACUCGUUUGCUGGUAGAUGAACUUAGAAAGUUUAAAGGCAUUGCUGGAAUUACAGAAAUCGGCAAGCACGGAUAUGCCGAUUGGGAAAUCGAAUUAUGCCCAGUACCCCAACAGAUGUGUGACUGUGGCAUCUUCGCGACUUUACUCGGGACACUUAGGUGCCGGUCAAGAACACGUGUUUCAUCACGGGAAGCCAAGUUUUCCCGGAUCGUGUAUCGAGAGGAGGGCAAUGCUGCACCAAAUCUGGACCUGAUAGUCGCCGAAGAAGAAGAAGAAAGCCAAAACGAGAAUCAAGCUGAGUCAUCUCAAGCCGGAGGUAGUCGAGCCACGGAGCGCGUCACUCGUCAACGGAGGACUCGUCCAAGAGAAGAAGCACCGGAACCAUCUUGGGUGAAGAAGAUCUUCGAUACUCUCACGUGCAUCCGAGAUGACGUUCGCCAGCUCAACGAGAGAAUGACUCGUCUUGAGCAAUCUCGCUCUUACCGUGGCCCGCGUCACAGCUUUGGCGGAGGAGCUCGUCCGGCGAACUCUCUUUGAUUAUUUUUUCUCUUCUGUCUUAACUUUUUAUGACACAUUGUUAUUUGCUAUUGUUGUUCUAACUCUUUUUGUGGAUGAUGAUGUUGCUAAUAUGGUUCUCUUUUAGAACAUAUUGUCCCUUUGUGGUAAUUCGUGUUAGAAGUUUUUUUUUAAAACUCUUACAAAUUUUUUUUCUAUCCUUCAAAAUCCCAGCAACAAUUAAGGGGGAAGUUUGUCGGUUGAUAAUGCCAAAAGGGGGAAGGAAGGAUCGUUGAGAAAACUUGUUUUUCAAAAUUGUUUUUCCGCUUAUUACUCUGAUUAUUUUUUUUGCUGCACUUCUCUAACCUUGCAGGGGGAAUCAAUUAAGGGAAGUAUU